AUGGUAACAUUUAGCGUAUAUAAGUCGUCCAAGUAUCUCUUCGACUGCGUUGUCGCUAUAGACAGUAACCUGUCGAUAUUGUGUACGACAGAGAACUUGAAUGCAUUUGAAGCGCUUCGACUGCUUUCGGUGAAUGUCAUCAAGCGCAUGGAUUUCUAUGAGCUGGACAAGCUGGUUACGUGUUGUAAAGGACAGCUUAUCCAAGUUUUUGUUAAAUCGGCAACGCAAGGUGACAUUGCUCCAUUUGAAAAGUUUUCCAAGUACUUGAAAAGUCGACAACGCGCUGGGGUAGCUUUACUUGCAGAUAAAAGGCUUUUUGUACUAGCACCGGUUGAAGAGAGUGACUAUCUAUUAAGGUGUUUGGUUUUAAAAGCGGAGCAAACACCAGAAGCCCCUGCCACGUUACCGUUGAAAGCGAGAGCAAGAAGCUUCGACAAAACAGCGUCUGAUUAUCCCUUGCAAACAGAAUUUGAUCCAAAAGCUAAGAUCACAUUACAAUCAGAGCCGGAAUUAGCAAGCGAGACCGGUGAACGUGGCCAAAUUCGACCUAGUAGCUUUAGUCGUGAGCAGCGACAAGACAUAGCAGACAACUCGCAUCAGAAUUUGCCACUGCCCAUAUCGAACAAUCAGAAAGUUGAGACCAAAGUCAAGCCAUUAUCAGCUGCAACGAAUCAUGAGGUGGCCUUGCUUUCUAGCUUGCCGAGGAUCGAGCGGGCAACAAAAAUCGCUCAACUUCGACAAGAGUAUGGACUUUUCCACGAACAUCAUUACAAUAUUUUGCAAGAAUGGAGUAAAUCGGUAUCUAACUGA